GCUAGUUCGUUAAUGUUCUUCUCCCAAUAGGAUAUGGGCACGUGUACUCUCCCUGGAUCUACAAUGCUUCUCUCUUAAAAUCCUCCUCCUGUCCUUUCGUUUCGAUUCACGUCUCCUUCCCCAGCCAUCCUCUCUGAGCUUAUAAAACCUUCAUGGCAUUUGCGCACUUCUGCAGCAUCGAAUGUUUCCUUAAAAUCGGGAAACAAGAAGCGCUUUUUCUCCUUGUUAUUGGUUUGCCUAUUGCCACCACUCGUAUUAGUCAGUUCUCUCCGCAUUAACCCCCCUGGGAACAGAUUCUCUCUCACUACUCUGGUGAACUCUUGAAGCUUCCUCAGAGAUUCUGUAUUGUUUUUUUUUUUAAGUUGUAAGUUAUGGUUUCCUCUCACCGUCCUGUCCCCAACAAAACCAACAAACAGCAGUAUUUUUCUCUCAGCCCUUCCAACUCUGUCUUGAAAGAUGAUGUUGAGCUUGACUUCUCUGAUGUCUUUGGUCCACUCCCUGAAGAGGCCGCCGGGAGUGAUGUUGUUUUCGAAGAGCCUGCUGUUAUCCACACUCGGUCUCACUCUUUUGUUGGCCCUUCUUCGAUCGGUAGCCACUCUUUUAAGCUGAGCAAGCUCACCUUACGUGAGACUGAGGACUCAGUUGACUUGGUGGAGUGUGCUGGUGGUGACGACACUGACACUGACAGUGAGAGAUCUUCAAAGGUGGAUAUGGUGAAAGUCUCUGGCGUGGUAGGACUUGAUGAUUUCGAGGUUAUGAAGGUUGUAGGGAAAGGUGCGUUUGGGAAAGUGUACCAGGUGAGGAUGAAGGAGACUUCCGAGAUAUACGCUAUGAAGGUCAUGAGAAAAGAUAAGAUUAUGGAGAAGAAUCAUGCUGAAUACAUGAAAGCUGAGCGCGACAUUCUUACAAAAAUUGAUCAUCCUUUCAUUGUUCAACUUAAGUACUCUUUUCAGACUAAGUAUAGGCUCUAUCUUGUGCUUGACUUUAUAAACGGUGGACAUCUAUUCUUCCAGCUCUACCACCAAGGGCUUUUCAGAGAGGAGUUGGCUCGUGUCUACACUGCAGAGAUCAUCUCUGCAGUUUCCCAUCUCCAUGAGAAAGGCAUAAUGCAUAGAGAUCUCAAACCCGAGAACAUUCUCAUGGACGUUGAUGGCCACGUGAUGCUAACUGACUUUGGUUUAGCAAAGGAGUUCAAAGAGAACAAAAGAUCAAACUCCAUGUGUGGGACUACUGAGUAUAUGGCACCUGAGAUCGUUAGAGGAAAAGGUCAUGAUAAGGCUGCUGAUUGGUGGAGCGUUGGGAUUCUUCUCUACGAGAUGCUCACCGGAAACCCACCGUUUAUGGGGAGCAGAGGAAAGAUAGAGCAGAAAAUUAUAAAGGACAAGAUCAAGCUACCGCAGUUUCUUUCUAGCGAAGCUCAUGCCUUGCUGAGAGGGCUGCUGCAAAAAGAGCCAGAGAGACGACUUGGCAGUGGAGCCAGCGGAGCAGAGGAGAUAAAAGGGCACAAAUGGUUCAAGGGAAUGAACUGGAAGAAGCUGGAGGCUAGAGAAGUGAAGCCGAGUUUCAAGCCGGAGAUAUCGGGAAGGCAGUGCAUAGCGAAUUUCGACAAGUGCUGGACUGAGAUGUCUGUGUUGGAUUCUCCAGCAAACAGUCCAAGCUCGGAUCCUAAGGUCAACCCUUUUACCAACUUCACGUAUGUCAGGCCUCCUCCAUCAUUCCUUAGAGAGUGAGAGAACUUAUGUUUCUUUUUCUACAUUUGAAGUCUAUUAUUAUUGUAAGGUAAUAAGGUAUGAGUUGCUUGAACUACAUAUUGAGUGGAGUGAACUGUAUCUCUCAAAAUAAUUUUCUAAGCAUGAUUGUUGAAUUUGAAUAAAAUAAGUUUGAUGUGGCUUUUCAUAAAUAA